AUGAAAGGAUUUCUCGGUAUCACAUUGAUAAUCGCUGCUCUAUUCUCACAAUCAAGCGCAUUAUCAUCUAAGAUUAAAGCAAGUACUCAUCUCAAGCUUAAGCUUAGAAGCCCAGACAUUGACACUAUAGACCUACAACAGGAAUUUGACGAUGUUUUUGAAGGUCUUUUGCAUCCGGGUGGUGAGCCAAGUUCCUCUUCUGGAUUGAUUAAUGCCCGAAGAGAUAGCAGCGAUCCAAAUCACGGCAGAUAUCAAACUUUCCAGACAUACAGCAGAAUAGGCAAAGGAGGCUAUGCAUUCUGUGAAGCACUAGAAUGCGAAUAAAGUGAAAUUGAGGGACUCUUGAACGUUCUCAAAAUUCAAUAUAAUGAAGCUGCAGAGAAUGGCUAGGAAGAAUAAUUCUUCGCUGGUCUCAGGAAACUCAGCGAUGUCUACUAAAACGAGCUUAGUGCUCUACUUGCUGAAGCCCCAGCAGCUGACGCGAGCGACGUGAAGAGACAAUUCAGAGGAAAACUUAGUACAGUAUUUGAGCAAUACCUGACAUAGGGACUUUGA